GAUCAUUUCUAUAGUAAGCUCUUCUCGAGACUUUCACACUAUGUGAGUCCUCACCAGUCACGUUGAUGAGAUGUGGCGCGGUGCCCUGAGCGUGAGGCGGGCGGUGGUAGACCUACCAUCAGCCCUCGAUGAUCGUUCGCUUCCCUUCACGGGGAAGAGUGGGGUAUUGUCGCUGUCUGAGUGGCUGUUUUUACAACCUUUUCAACUCUGAAAACAUGCAUAUAUGGAAUAAUAUGGAUAAACACAUAAGCAGUCAUUAGUUUUAUAAGAUAAUGUUGUUAUCUGAGUGGUUUUUAUAAACCCGUUUAUAAUUCUAUCAGACAGAAUUAUUUAACAUGGUAUAGCGAAUAAACUAAAUUUAUUGUGUAUUUAAAUUGAGAUUUGAACACUAAUAAAUACGAUAAACUAUCAAACUCCAGUGAUAGACCUUUCCACAAUAUACGGAGUUGAUGCAUAUGGACUGUCUAAAGUAAGAAAAUAUGAACAUGGCCUUUUGGUACUUGAGAACAGAAACAACCGUUAUGUACCAGCAAACAUAACAUACAACAAAACUUAUAUUACAGCUGAAAUGUUACAAGACAUGAAAAACAAUAUCAUUUCAAAUAUAAAAGACGAUAUGAUGAUAAAACUAACAAUGACAAUGAUAAAUAAAAAUUAUACAGUUGCUAAUAUGACCACCGAUUUAUUGGCCAACUUGUCGUCUGACAUGUUGGGCAGUAUGGCUCCUAAUAUGCCUAACAUGAUGCCUGAAGUUAUGCCUGAUAAUUACAACGAUAUUGUGCUUGAUUUGAUGCCAAAUAUAAUGUCAAAUUUUACGAAACAGAUGAACAUGAGUAGUCAUCUGUUGAUUAAUAUGACCGCUGACGGACUGGUGGAUACGAUUGCUAAUAUAUUGGCAAAUUCGAUGGUCGAUAUGGUGACGAAUAUGGUGACCAACCUUAUACCGAAUGCGACAGAAAAAAUCUGUUUACAAAACAAUGAUACUGAAACUAUAUGUUACAAAUUCGGAUUCCCAGAAGUCGGUAAUUACGACCUUCGAACGACGGCUUUAACGAUAUUCUUUAUGAGGGAACACAAUAGAUUAGCUCGGGCUCUUCACAAAAUAAAUCCUUGUUGGAAAGACGACCGUCUGUUCAAAGUAGCUCGGCAGAUCAACAUUGCAACGGCUUCCAACAUCUUCAUGUAUGAGUUGCUACCUGCUUUAUUGGGUUUUAGAAACAUGGUGAACUACGGAGUUAUAUCAGAAAAUGUGGAGCAUGUGACGACGUACGACGCUGAAGCUGUGCCCCUCGUGUACGCGGAGUACGACAUCGCUGUCAGAUACUUCCACACUUUCCUUGAAGGACGGGUCAAAACCUACUCUGAAAGCUACCAAUACAAGGACGAAUACUCGUACAGCGAAACCAUGUUUAGAUCAGGUCUUCUAGAAAAAGGACUAAUUUUCGAAGAACUCAACCGAGGUCUGUUCCAUCAAUACGCCGCCAAACUUGACGAUAUUCAGGAUCCAGAUAUAUCAGAAAAUUACUAUGGAAAACUCCAAAAAGCCCAUGACUUACCAGCUUUGGAUAUUCAAAGGGGGAGAGAUAUGGGGGUGCGUGGUUACAACGACUACAGGCACCUGUGUGGAUUGAAACCAGCUAAAAAGUUCAGAGACUUCAUCGAUGUCAUGGAGAUCGAGAAAGUGGAAGCCCUAAAGAGACUGUACGAAAAUGUCGAUGACGUGGACCUAUUAGCUGGUAUAAUGUCAGAGAACCAUCUCCAAGGUAUCCACGUGGGCCCCACGCUGUUCUGCAUCAUGAUGAAACAGCUGCAGAUCUUCAGAUUCUCUGACAGGUUCUGGUUUGAAAGAGGCGACCAGUUCCACAGCUUUACUUUGGAGCAACUGGAGGAGAUAAGGAGAACUAGUAUGGCACGUCUAGCUUGCGACAACGCCGAGGGUAUCAAAUACAUUCAGGCAAAUGCUUUCCUCAACGUCAAGCCUGGGCCAAAGCUGGAGUACCUUAUUGUGCUUGACAUGCAACCUGGACUGAACACUGGUCCUUUUGGGCCCCAUCUGUAUUAA